AUGGCUGUGUGCGGUUCAUUACAAUUUGGCGAUGGCUGUGUGACCACUCCGUUGCUAGUUGGCAAUGGCUGUGUGACAACUCCAUUGCUAGUUGACAAUGGAUGUGUGAGAGCUCCGUUGCUAGUUGACAAUGGAUGUGUGACAACUCACUUGCUAGCUGGCAAUGGCUGUGUGACAACUCAGUUGCUAGUUGACAAUGGGUGUGUGACAACUCAGUUUCUAGUUGGCAAUGGCUGUGUGACAUCUCCAUUGCUAGUUGACAAUGGAUGUGUGAGAGCUCCGUUGCUAGUUGACAAUGGAUGUGUGACAACUCAGUUGCUAGCUGGCAAUGGUUGUGUGACAACUCAGUUGCUAGUUGGCAAUGGCUGUGUGACAACUCAGUUGCUAGUUGGCAAUGGCUGUGUGACAACUCAGUUGCUAGUUGGCAAUGGCUGUGUGACAACUCAGUUGCUAGUUGGCAAUGGCUGUGUGACAACUCCGUUGCUAGUUGGCAAUGGCUGUGUGACAACUCCAUUGCUAGUUGACAAUGGUUGUGUGACAACUCCAUUGCUAGUUGACAAUGGAUGUGUGACAACUCCAUUGCUAGUUGACAAUGGCUGUGUGACAACUCCAUUGCUAGUUGACAAUGGAUGUGUGACAACUCCAUUGCUAGUUGACAAUGGCUGUGUGACAACUCCAUUGCUAGUUGACAAUGGGUGUGUGACAACUCAGUUGCUAGUUGACAAUGGGUGUGUGACAACUCCAUUGCUAGUUGACAAUGGCUGUUAG